GAAGUAGUACCAAUUAUCCCUUGCAAAGAAACAAGUACAGCAAAUUAGCCGAUCAAAAAACAUGUCUUUUAAGCUUAGCACCCUCUUCACUCUCGCUCUUCUCCUUAGCAGCUUGGCUCUAACAUACGCUGCUCGUCCAGAACCUGCCUUUCCCGGAGAUUCUCUGGGCGGAGUUAAGCCAGAAAAGGUCGAGGUUGAUGAGAGCUGUGAAGGAGUAGAAGGGAAAGAAGAGUGCUUGAUGAGAAGGACCCUCGCCGCUCAUUUGGAUUAUAUCUACACCCAGAAGCACAAGCCAUGAAGUACUUGUUGUCUAUAUGUAUAUUAAGAGAUGGUCGCCUGCAGCCCUGUCAUUACCAUGAAAUUAUAAUAAUAACUUCAUUGCAA